AUGUCAUCCGGCUUCACCAUCAACUCCAACCCGUUCGCCGAUGCCAACCCUCCCGACAUCACCGACAUCCGCAACCUCAAGAUCUAUGAGAGGGUUCCGGUUCGUCUCUCCCAGACGGACUCCUCCUACUACGCAUGGAAGACGUACUUCUCCCUCGUGUUCCGGGAGUACCACCUCAUCGAUCAUGUGGACGGCUCCGUCGACUCCGGCCUCAUCCCCGACAUCCAUGAAUGGUCCACCAUCGACACCACGCUCAUCCGGUGGUUCUUCCUCACCAUCUCGCCAGACCCGUUUCAGACGGUCGUCAAGGACGGUGAUGAAGCCCAAGCUGUGUGGACCAAGCUGAACAGGCUCUUCACCGACAAUCGUCUUAAACGUCUCGCUUUUUUACAGCAAGAGGUUUUUGGGUGCCACCGGGACAACUCCUCCGUCGACAACUAUUGUCGCCGCCUCAAGACUCUCGCUGACGAGCUCUGCAAUAUUGGCGCGAAGAUUGAUGAUGAUCUCCUCCUCAGCACGCUCAGCGCCAACCUCAACGAGGACUUCGGCAACGCCGCGGCAAACCUCACCCUCAUCCUCGAGCCCUCCUUCGCCAAGUUCGUUGCGUACCUCCGGCUGGAGGAGCGGCGAAUGAAGCAGGUGAAGGCGCGGGCCAUCCACACCGCUCUCGCCGCCGGCACCACCCGCAGGGGGCCCCCCGACCCCCCGCUGCUCCGGUCGCGACCCCUCAGCCGCGCCACCCGACGCAGUACUGCUGCCGAAGCAGCAGCCACCACCGCUGCCUCUCCCGCUGAGCUCUAA